GUCCACUACAAAGCUGUUGGAUAUUUGACCCAUACAAGAAAUGAUCAGGUAAGCACGGAAGCCGCCUGAAUUAGAAGCAACACAGUCUUUUGGCUUUCCAUCCUUAAAGCGCAAAUCUAAAUGCAUUAUCGAACCCAGAUGCCACAAAAAGAGCGCGCAGGAUGAUCAGGUACUGUUGUGUUUUUGCGGCAGGAUUCUACUGCGGAGUUUUGUUUCAAAAUCAAAACGAAAUUAAAAAUGUAGUCACGCCAGUGGAACUUGGCGAACGUCUCCUAACAACAGUUAAAGGAUUAUUAGAACAGAAGAAUAAACCCAAAUAACUGUAUAUCUAUCAUAUCGCAAAUUUUCUGUGUCAACAACAGCACAAAGUUAUGAAUCUUAUCAUCACGUUUUUCAGUGUUUUACACUUUUUGCUUCCCCCAUGUUACACAUUCAUUUUACCCAAGAGUAUUAGAAAUAUUUCUUCGCAAAAUGCAUUUUUUAUUUCUGACUGGCUCGUUAAAACUAAUAAAUUGCAUGUAGCAUCCAGUCCUUUAGUAGAGGAUAUCGAUUUAGAUGGAAAUCUUGAUGUUUACUUUUCUACAGUAAAUGGUGUGCUUUACGGCAUUUCGAACGUUCUUAAAUGUGUUACAGGAAAUCCAUGCAGUAUUCUCUAUGAGAAUUGGCCCGUAACUCACCAUGGCGAAAUCUUCUUCUCGACUCCACUUGCGGUAAGAAAACAGAAUAUUGCUAAUUGAUUGUAGCGGUUUUGAAAUUCUGUUACUUCUUUAGUCCGUAGCUACAUAACAGUGGUAGGCAUUUAGCUUUCUAUUUUUGUUUAGUAAAAAUAUCUAUCAUCCCCAGCCAACACACUUCAUACUAGCUACGUAGCGAGCAUGUGUUAAGAUCUGUCACAGUGUUUGUGGUCAGUUGUAUGAUGUUAACGUUGUAUCACCAAGAUAAGUGAUUUAUAGGGUCCAUGCUAGUCGGUUGAUAUAACAUUUUAUGCACAACUAGGUGGAUAAAUUUUGAGCUGAUAAGAACCAGUGGGGCUGACGUGACUUUUCAAGUUGCUCACUAAUAGGUAAGUGUCAACAGCUUCCGAAUGGGAAUUCGGAAUAUCUAACGACUAGAAACUCUUCCUUUGCUGGUAGGUCAACCACAUUAGAAACUGCGUCCAGUGUCAUGCCAAUCUUGAACUGUUGUGCAGUAGGUAUAGCAAUAUCAAUCAACUGCUUUCUUUUCUGUUGAGGAUACAACAUCUCACUCAAUCACUUGCAGUCACAGUACUUAUGGGUGUUUUACAUGUACCACGUGAAUACGUUUGCUAGAAUGGUUAAACAAAGUCAAUCGGUAACAGCGUAAAACUUGGUAUUUAUGUACAUUGGUUUAAAGAGAAAGUUCGAAUUUCAAGUAUUCCUGAGGUUGAUUAAUCUUUUCAGGCCAUUGUCUUGUAUUCAUACUCGAUCCACUUUUUCAUAUCCUUUGGUUACCCGUUUCUGUACCGUCGCAACGCUGAAUUCCAGUAAGUGACCAAAUGUAUGAAUUCCAGUAAAUACAUCACUGAGUAUGAAUUUUUCUCUGCGUUGUAUGAACUCGUAAAACUUGUAUUAGUUAGUACACCAGUCUUCUCAUGCUUUACGAAAUCCGGUCUUCAUCAUGGUAUUUACUGACGAUAAAGGAUUUGGCAGCUACUCGUAAGCUUAGUUUAGACUUAGCGACACGUAUUCUGUGAUAAUAUAUAGUCAUUAAGAUGCUGACAAUUUAUCUACUGGUUGAAUGUCAGGUUCUUAAAUUAGUAGUUUCUUAAACCAAUAUCUGUGCCUUCGACAAAAUUGAGACUUCGAAGUAUUACUCUUUGAUCAAUGACCACACAAACGGGUUGUGUAGAACCACUUUGGAGCACAUCUGAAAAAACGUUUGGUUUGACAGUAAGAAUUGAGGUAUCUGAGCGGUAAAUUGCAUUAGAUAUUAUUGAUUUCCCAAUAAUAAACUCUUCACGCAUACCAAAGAACCAUUGUUUUUGUGGAUCUACACCCCAGACCUUAUUCUUGUGUCUUUCCUCUCCAUGUUUUUGUGAAUCAAUUAGUCUUUUUUUUACCUAACUGCCUUUGAUGCAGUACAUGUGGAUGUCAUGAAUUUUUAACAGUCAAUUUCUUCAAAACAUAGGUUUUGAUUAUGAUAUUAGAAAAGAGAUGUUGAUCAGAAAGAAAGAUAUGAAGCCUUACCCACUACAGUAGCUUAAACAUGCGUUACAAGCACCUAUCUGCUGUCAACUCACCAAUUUAUCUAGGCAGCCAGGUUUGGGAAUAGUUUCUUUUACAGAAAUCAAAGCCAUAGAUAAGGUAAGGAAUAGUGUUAGCAUUCGGCUGCGUUAUCAAAGUAUGUAGAGCGGAGUUUGGACUUAUCGUGAAUGUGCGAUCUUCGAAUAUAACUCACGGGAGAGGAAAUCAAUAUCAAUUAAGAUGAAUUCCUGUUACACCGAAUUGUUCAGUGUGGAUGUUUAUGCUGAGGGUUUGAAGUCAGUACUUUUUAUUAGCCACCAUGCAGCAGUGUUUACUUACGAUUAUCUUGGGAAUUUAUUGUCACAUUUUCAAAUUCCAGAUAUCAUUCUAGAUCGAAGUACUUUAUCUCAAAGAGAUCUUGAUAAGAAUUCAUUUAAAUCUAUACGUUGGGCAUCUACUGACAAUCAAUUACCAACACAUAGUGAAAGGGAUAUUCGUUUACAUCCCAUAGUUUAUACAGAUCCAAUUAUUUUAACUUCAGCGAUUAGUCGAUCCAAUGUGAAUGACAUAAAUUUCUUGUACACUGAUCUUUUACAUAUUGCAUUAAAUUUUGUUAGCUAUCAUUCACAUAGCACAACAGCGUCGUUGAAUGAGUCAUCUUCUACAAAUGAAGGUUUACUGAUAGCAGCAAUUGUGAAUAUACCACGUUGCGCUUUAUUUUAUUUAAAGAACGAAGAUUUCAAGUUCUGUUCACCACGUCUUAAAGUAUUAGAAGUUGACUGGUUAUCUGUUAAAUUACCACCGUAUAUUUUCUCAUCGCCUACUAUAAAUGCCAAUGUCUUAGGAGAGACUCGGGUCAAAGAUCGUUCAUACAUUGAUAGUUAUUAUAGUUUUAUUACUACAUUCAGUGGAAAUAUACAUGUGGCUCAAUUAACAAUGUUAAAUAGUCAUGUUAGUCAACCUUCGUUAGAGGUCAAUAACAUUUUUAUAGAUUCUUAUUCUUUCCAUAUCACUCCAAUGACCUUAUCAUGUGUACCAUCUCCGUGUCCAUUAAAUAAAAUGAAAUUGAACAAAUUACAGUCUAGUGUACUUACUUGUUGUCUACAAGUGGAUAUUUAUUCUUGUUUACGUCUUGUUCUUCUUGUAUCAAUUAAAAAAUAUCAUUCUCAAAUUUAUUGGACAUAUUGCCCCGCUAUUUCUAAUACUACAAUGACUACAUUGGAGUAUGGAGAACAAACUGGUCAAGUGAUAAUUGUUCCUGGAUGUCAAAAAUUACAAACUUGUUCACCAUGGUCUGUUUACACAACACCUGAUGGUUAUGUACAUGCUGUUGACAUUCAGACCGGAUUAUCGGCUCCAGGAUAUCCUGUUAGUUUGUUCACUAUGUAUCAUAAUGUUACAAAUCUUUCUAUAGGGUCUGGAUUAUUAUAUCAAAGAGAGGAUUACACAUACUGGUUGGUUUUUACUGAUGUUUAUACAAAUUUGAUUCAUUUGCGAUUACAUAAUCCUUUAGUGAUAAUAUCACAUAAUCAUAAUAACAUGUUCAAUCAUCAAACUAAUUCAUUGCAGACAAUUUCAUUAUCUCCAAAACCUUUACCGUUACCAGCUGGAGUAUCAACAUCACCUUCAUAUCUCUUAUUGUCAAGUCAUGGUUUAAUGUUAUUGAGGAGUAGAUCAUUACCAAUUGUUCAGUCUAGUUCACCAUCAUUACUGACUUAUUCUAAGUAUAUUGACAAUGUUGACAAGUCCGUUACUCAAUUUAUCAACGUUCAGUUCGUUAAUGAUCAUUUAGAACCAAUUGAUUCUAUUAUUCUUGAUGAUAAUAAAAGAAUUUUGAAUUAUGUAAUCAGAGAUUGUUCUUAUCAUUUAACAUUAUUUAAUGAAUCCAUAUUAGCAAAACGAUUUCUAGUCAAGUUGCUGACAUCAUUUGGUGUACCAAUAUCGGAAUGGUCAAAUGCAUAUAUAACCACAAAUAUAACAUGUCAUCAUCAUUGUUAUUGUUUCACUGGUUCAUUAUCUAUUCAACAUAGUUUACCAUUAAGUUCAUAUCAUAAUGAAUUAUAUCUAUCGGUGAUUGAUUCAACCAAUGGUUAUUUCAUUGUUAAUUAUCCAAUAUUAACAAGUUCUAAAAUGAUUUCUACACGUAUUAUUUUACAAAUUGGAUCAUAUCAAACACAGCUUAUUGUUAGUUUGAUUUAUUUACCAGGAGUUUAUUUAUUGAUUGGUUUAAUUAUUAUUCAUUCGGUUUCUAUGUUAAUAACAAAACAAAAAAUCAUUGUACAUGGUAAUAAAAUGAUGAAACAAUCUAUUUGAGUCUAACUUUUUUUGUUCUUUAUUUUAUUGAAUAUUUUUUAAGCAACCAAAUAUGAGACUACUGUUUAUACGGUGUGAACAUCACAAUAGUCAACUACUAUGUCACCAUUUUCUUCUCUAUAUUAAUGUACAUUUACUCCAUCUUUUUUCUUGUAAUUUGUUUUACUUCUAUGAAAGUUUUAAUAAUUUCCUUGUUCGUAGCAUAUCAAUGUUACAUUAAUACAUUUAUAUAACAAUAUUUUAUAUGUGUAUAUAGAUAAAGAAAUACAAUAUAGGCAGG